CAUGGAAGGCAGAAAGGUCAAAGGUCAAACCCAUGCUGCCACAGUGGUCCACUACCAGUACCCACCACCAAAAGCAUCAAAUUCUCCGUGUAAACUGAUUAGAAAUAGGAAAUCGGAUUCCCAGGAAUUCAUUUCUCAAAUUCUCAGUCAAACAACUUCCAUCCUCUAACGAAGAAUGUCGACGACGCCGUUGCCCGGUCUGUACCGCAGAUCCCUUCCUUCUCCUCCGGCAAUAGAAUUCGCUUCCCCGGAAGGCAAGAAGCUGUUUGCGGAGGCGUUAGGAGGUGGAACAAUGGAAGGGUUUUUCAAGCUGAUAUCGUACUACCAAACGCAGUCGGAGCCUGCGUAUUGCGGGCUCGCCACCCUCGCCGUGGUCCUCAAUGCGCUCGCUAUCGAUCCCGGAAGAAAAUGGAAAGGCCCCUGGAGAUGGUUUGAUGACUCGAUGCUCGACUGUUGUGAGCCUUUGGCAAAGAUUAAAGCUGAUGGCAUCACGUUUGGUAAAGUUGCAUGUUUGGCACACUGCAAUGGAGCUAAAGUUGAAGCUUUUCGAACUAGUGAAAGAACCAUUGAUGACUUCCGCAAGUACAUAAUCACAUGUUCUUCUUCAGAGGAUUGUCAUGUAAUCACAUCAUACCAUAGAGGAGUCUUUAAGCAGACUGGAACUGGUCACUUUUCACCAAUUGGGGGCUAUCAUGCUGAAAGAGAUAUGGUUCUCAUAUUGGAUGUUGCUCGAUUUAAAUAUCCUCCUCAUUGGGUUCCUCUCACACUUCUUUGGGAGGCCAUGGAUACCAUUGAUGAAGCAACUGGACAUCGUAGGGGGUACAUGAUUAUUUCAAGGCAUCACAGAGCACCAUCAAUCCUUUAUACUGUGAGUUGUAGACAUGAUAGUUGGAAAAGUUUGGCAAAGUACUUAGUAGAAGAUGUCCCCCUCCUCUUGAAGUUAGAAGAUCUCAAAGAUGUUAAAAAAGUACUCUCUAUGAUAUUCAAAUCACCCCCUGCCGAUUUGAGAGAAUUCAUUAAGUGGGUUGCAGAAGUUCGAAGACAAGAGGAUGGGAGUGUAAUCUUAAGUGAUGAGGAAAAAGGAAGGGUUGCAAUCAAGGAAGAGAUAUUGAAACAAAUACAAGAGACCGAACUAUUCAGACACGUAACAAGAUGGUUGGCUUCGGAAAAUUCUUUUUGUAAAGACAUCACAUCAUUAGGUGAUAAAGAUGGUUUACCGGAAAUUGCUGCACGUGUCUGUUGCGAAGGUGCAGAACUUUUGGCCAGGAAACCCACCGGAAUAUGCUGUAUGAAAACAAAUAUAAAGCUUUUGAAGGCCUGUGAUGAAAAGCCUGCGAUAGUGGCAUCUGGGACUGUAAUUGCUGAUGGCACUGAACAAAGAGUUGAUACGUUCAUCCCUUUAUGUCAAACUGAUCCCAGUACUUUGUGUGCUUUUGAUCAAGGUGGUUGUAUUGGAAUGCUUCCAUCUACAGCUGAUGUUUUAACAGUACUUCUGUUAGCCUUGCCGCAACUUACAUGGGCUGGCAUCAAAGAAGCAAAACUAGAGGCGGAAAUUAACUGUCUUGUGUCAACUGACAAUCUUCCCCCUCUGCUUAAAGACGAGACAGAUGAAAAUUCAGAAAAUCCAACAUGGGAAGCAAUCGGGUACCAUGUUGACACAAGGGAAAAUUCUGCCAAACCCCGAGAAGAGAGGCCUCUCCAAAAGGGAGUCAUAGAAACGAUGUACGAAAAAGACUCAACCUUUCUCCAAUCUCUCAUCCAAAAAGGCCUUGAAGUCACUGAAGAUGCAGAGCAAAAUGUAUACAAGAUCAAAUGCGACGUCGUUGUUGUUGGUUCUGGUUCUGGCGGUGGUGUUGCAGCUGCAGUGCUUGCAAGCUCCGGCCAAAAAGUAAUCGUCCUUGAGAAAGGCAACUACUUUGUGCCAGAAGAUUAUUCUUCUCUAGAAGGCCCUUCCUUGAAUGAGCUAUAUGAAUCAGGUGCAUUUUUGUCAACUCUUGAUGGGACUAUGAUCAUGGCCGGCUCAACACUCGGCGGAGGCUCCGCUAUAAACUGGUCUGCAUCUAUCAAAACACCGGAUUCGAUUCUCCGAGAGUGGUCUGUCAAUCACAAGAUCCCACUUUACGCGAGCUCUGGCUAUCAUUCUGCCAUGGAUGCCGUUUGUAAGAGGAUUGGUGUCACAGAUAAGUGUAAAGAAGAAAGCUUUCAGAAUCAAGCACUCCGAAAAGGGUGUGAGAAUCUUGGCUUGAAAGUUGAGAUAGUCCCAACAAAUUCCUCAGAAAAUCAUUACUGUGGUUCUUGCGGUUAUGGUUGUAGAACAGGAGACAAGAAAGGCACUGAUUCAACUUGGUUGGUCGAUGCUGUGAACAGGGGUGCAGUAAUCCUAACAGGAAGCAAAGCAGAGAAACUCACAUUGGAGAAUGAAAAGAAUGGAAGGAUGAGAAAGAGAUGCCUGGGAGUGAUUGCAACAACUUCGAGUAAGGCUAUCACAAAGAAGCUGCAAAUUGAGGCUAGAGUAACAAUUUGCGCAUGUGGGUCUCUCUUGACUCCCCCUCUAAUGAUCUCUAGUGGCUUGAAGAAUCCAAACAUUGGCAGGAACCUCCACAUCCACCCUGUUCAACUGGUUUGGGGAUAUUUCCCAGAAAAUAUAUCUAAUCUUAAAGGCAAAAUGUAUGAGGGAGGAAUCAUUACUUCGCUUUGUAAGGUGGUUUCAGGAGAUUCCUCUGUCCGGGGCAUUAUAGAAGCUGCUGUAUUGGGACCUGCCUCAUUUAGCGGAUUACAUCCAUGGGUUUCAGGGCUUGACAUGAAGGAGAGGAUGGUGAAGUAUGCUAGAACUGCUAACCUUGUUGUAUUUGUCAGAGAUCAAGGCUCAGGAGAGGUGAAGAAAGAGGGUAAGAUUAAGUAUCAAUUAAGUGGUACAGAUAAAGAAAAUCUUCAAGCUGGGAUGAGGGAGGCUUUGAGGAUUUUGGUUGCUGCUGGAGCAGUUGAAGUGGGUACGUAUAGGAGUGAUGGCCAGAGAAUUAAAAGUGAAGGGAUUAAGGAGAAGGAGUUGGAGGAGUUCUUGGAGACAGUCACAGCAGUUGGAGGGGUUGGUUCAUUGGGAGAAAACUGGACCAUAUAUUGUUCUGCACAUCAGAUGGGAAGUUGUAGAAUGGGUGCCACAGAGGAGGAAGGUGCAGUUGAUGAGAAUGGUGAAAGUUGGGAAGCAAAAGGGUUAUUUGUAUGUGAUGCAAGCAUUCUACCUACUGCAGUUGGGGUCAAUCCCAUGAUUACCAUUCAAUCUACUGCUUAUUGCAUUUCCAAGAGGAUUGCAGAGUCCUUCAAAAAGCAAAAAAUUUACUAGGAAGAUUUGGUUUAGGUGCUACUACAAAGCUACAAUAUAUGUGCUACAAUCCUUACUGUUAUUGCUAUCAAGGAUCCACCUCCAUUCUCAGAAUGGGCUUCAGCCCCAGUGUUUUCUGACAUCAACCUUUUGCUACUUGAGGUUUGUGUGAGAUCAACUUUGAAGGUAUCAAGAUGUGCCAACUUUUAUGCACACCAAAUUGCUAGAUGAGCCGCUUCUCACCUUGUGUUCGGAAACAUUCCCCCUUCUUCUCAUUUUUUUAGUUCUAUUCGCUUUAGAAAUGGCAAAGACCCUCAUUUGUCAUGUUUUCCCUUCUCUGGUUUCCCUUAUUUGAAUAAAAAAUAAAAAUAAAAA